AAAAAUGGCGGCCGAAUGCGAGAAAGCAGUGUACGAAAAAGGAGAAGAUUAUAAAAAUAUUUGGGAUAAGGCGGAGACAAAACACACGGACACGCACUUGGAAAUCAUGGGUAAACCAGUCAUGGAGAGCUGGGAGACGCCAUAUAUGAACAAGCUGGCAGAAAUAGCGACUUCAAAUAGUGGGCGAGUUUUGGAAGUAGGAUUUGGCAUGGCUAUCUCGGCAACAGCAAUACAGAAAUUUGAUAUUAAAGAGCAUGUUAUUAUUGAAUGCAACGGAGAAGUGUAUAAGAAAUUGGAAAAGUUUGCAGACGGAGCUGUACCGAAAGUAACGCCAAUGAAAGGACUGUGGGAAGAUGUUGUGUCAAAGUUAGAGGAUGAAAGCUAUGAUGGUAUCUUAUACGAUACAUAUCCUUUGUCUGAAGAAACUUGGCACACCCAUCAAUUUCCUUUUAUUAGAGAAGCAUACCGAUUAUUGAGACCAGGUGGCAUUUUGACCUACUGCAAUUUAACAUCAUGGGGUGAGUAUAUGAAAGGAACAUAUAGCAACAUUACGAAGAUGUUUCAGGAAACCCAAAUACCAAAACUGCUUGAAGUUGGUUUCAAGCGGGAAAACAUUUCGACGGAAACUUUGAAGAUUUCUCCUCCGAACGAGUGCAGGUAUUAUAGUCAUGGAGAAAUGAUUGCACCCCGUGUUAUAAAGUAGACUGAAAGACAUUUAGACAUUGUUGUGAUGUGUGAAUAAUGAUAUUGUUUGUGUAUAUCUACAAACCUCUAACUGUUUAGCAAUUUGGUUAUCUCUUAUAGUUUGAAGAAUCAGUUUUGUAAUGAUGAUCUCUUCUUUAUGGUUGUUUUUAACUUUAAAUUAUUUCAAUAAAUUUCUU